UCUAUCGUACUUGCUUCGGCAGUACAUAUACUAAAAUUGGAACGAUACAGAGAAGAUUAGCAUGGCCCCUGCGCAAGGAUGACACGCAAAAUCGUGAAGCGUUCCACAUUUUUUUAUGCCGAUUUCGGCAUUCAUUCUUGUACUUCAUUUUAAUUAAAAAAUUCGACCGUGAUUGUGUUAUUUUAUUUUACCGUCCGCGCGCUAUCUUCUCAAGGAACUAGCCGCUUAAACGAUUUUUAAGUUUUCCAUAUUUUUAGUUUCAUUCAAAUCGAUGUGUAGUUUCAAACGUUUCAAAUGGGGGUCGGCGUUGUGAUAUUCGUGGAUGGUGUGUGUUCUCUAUUGGCAAUGGAGAUGCAAUGAUAGGUGCACGUCGUUUCGUACUUUUUCAAGGCAAACGCGAAAGCGGGACCAAGGAGAUCGCUGACACAGUCUCGAUAUUUGGAUUGUGUCCGUCGUGUUGCAUCACGGAGCGAGUGUCAAAGUGCCAGCAGCGUCAUCGAGACGUGUGACGAUGUUGACGGUGUCGUUAGCCACGACCUGAUCUCUCUCUCCACGGAACGUCGCGAUUUCAAAUAAAUGCCGCUAUCACACGAAUACGAGUGAGAAUCAAGUAGGAGUGGUUAUCCAUGAGAAUAUCGGUUUACCGAUAAGAACAAGAGUCGGUAGCGUCUCGCGAGGAAACGUACUCGUCGGAAUGCUGCUUCAUUGCUAGGUUACAGGCGAGCGAGCAAAUGAAUCGGUCGUAGUGCGGGACCGCGAUGGAUAAAAUGUCGAGGAAGUGGUUGUCGAAUUUCGCGCUGGCCGCCACCAUCAGAUGGCUGCUGAUGAACUCUGGAUACCAGAAGAUCAUCAGUAACCGCGUUGAAGUGUCCACCGCUUUGAACUCCUGGAAGAGAGUGACAGAAGGGAUUUAUCUGUACAACUUUGGCAUUGAUCCUUAUGAAGGUGAUCUGUUUCACGAAACACCGAUUGGCUUGUAUGUGUUCGGUUUUAUGCAGAAGCAUCUGUCUCAAUGGGCACUGUUUCUGCUAUUCAUCGUCACUGACUUGACAACAGCCGUGUGCCUCACCAUCACCGCGAAGCACUAUGCAAUCGAAUUGGCAACGAGAAGGAAAGAGGAAAAAAUGGAAAAGGACGAGGAGAAGAAGCUCGGCGAAGGCGUCUCAACUGUAUCAGCCCUGUAUGUUUCCGCGGCAUACCUGUUUAAUCCUUAUAUAAUACUUAACUGUGUCGGCCUCACAACCACAGUGUUCACCAAUUUGCUGUACUCGAUUGCGCUGGUGUCUAUGACGAGGCGUUCCAUCCUGUGGAGCUGCGCGUCGAUAGCGCUGUUGACGCUGCAAGAACUCUACCCUGUAUCGCUCAUGGUGCCGGCGGCUAUCUACGUCGCCGGCGCAGCAAGCGAUAAGACCAAGAAAAUCAGCAUCAUCACAAUGCUAGUCGCGUUCGUGAGCAUCUUGGCAGUUCUGUUCGCCGUUUCCUACUGCAUUAUGGGAAGCUGGUCGUUUUUAUGGAGCACUGUCGGAUUCAUCCUGACCGUUCCCGACCUACGUCCCAACAUCGGGCUGUACUGGUACUUCUUCACGGAGAUGUUCGAGCACUUCAAGUGGCUCUUCAUCGCGUCGUUCCAGAUAAACGUCAGUUUAUUGUACAUAGUCCCUCUGGCGCUGCGAUUGCGACGCGACCCGAUGCUAUUAGCGUUUUCGUAUCUAGCGAUAACUGCCAUAUUCAAAUCCUACCCGUGCAUCGGAGAUGUCGGAUUCUAUAUAUCCCUACUGCCAUUAUGGAAACAUCUAUUUCAGCACAUGCAACAGGGAUUUAUCGUAGGCUGUUUCAUGCUAUUCUGCACGGUCUUCGCUCCAACCGUGUGGUAUCAGUGGAUAUAUUCCAGAUCGGCAAACGCCAAUUUCUACUUCGGCGUGACGCUGGCGUUCGCUAUCGCGCAGAUCUUCCUCCUAACGGACAUCCUGUUUGCCAGUUUGAAAUACGAGUUUGCGGUGCAACACGGUAACAAUAAGAAGGUCAACGGAAACGAAGCUAAACUGCUGCUCGAGUAAUAGGCUUUUCUAUAGGUGAGAGAAUACGUAAUACUACGAACACAAUGAAUAAAUGAUGACGUGUCUCCGGAUCAUUUGCCUCGUGU